CCGGGAUCUUCCCUCCUUGCCGCUUUCUCUCGCAGAAGGACCUUCUCAUGGGCGCCAAGCGAGGGUCAUUCACGCUGCCAGGCAAUCACCUGUCAAUCAAUGGCUUUUUGUUGGGCGUCGGCCUUCUCGCGUGGGCGCUGAUCUCUGACGGUGGCUGGACACGUAAGCAUAUGACAAGCCACAAACGACAACCAGGCUCCAAGUUAAUGGAAAGCGGCUUGGUGUGCAGGCGUCGCCACUCUUCUCGUGCUCGGCCUCUCGGCGGCGUACCUGCUCUUCCGACUCGUCGGUACGACACCCACGCCCACACGCAGAUCUCUGGAUGUAUCUCAAUGGUCUCACUGUCUGCCGUCAGGUCUCCCAUCGCCCCGCCAUCUCACCCGCUUAUGGCGCUUCAGCAACGGUGACUGCCUCACUGUGCGCAAGGACCACGAAAUGGCCGUGGCGAGGAAGGCCCCCAAGUACGUCACCCCGGCGGCCUUCCGCCAGGCCGUGCAGGAUGGCAAAAAGUGGACGAUCAUCAACGGCAGCGUGUAUGACCUCGCGGGACUCAUCGAGGACGGCAAACACCCCGGUGGCGACUUCCUCGCUGACUUCGUCGGUAAGUGGAGAGUGAGGCAGGCAGGGAGGGAGUGAGGGAGGGACACUUGAAUCACGUGUUCAAACAAGCGUGCACAACGUGGUUGCAGGCAUCGACUCUUCGCUAACGUUCUACACGGCGCAUGUCAAGCAGGAGAGUGUAUGGCGGCGGCUCCGUGUCAGCUGGAUGGGCUACCUCGUCCCCGACGUCGGUGAGGACACAUCGGACCUCAUGUGCAGCCGCGACAAGGCCAUGCACAGCCUCAUCGACGAGUUUGCCGCGGAGGACCUCUUCGCUUACCCGCUGCGCUUCUGGCUGUGGGACAUGUCGGGCCCGCUACUGGUGCUCUGCUCCUUCCUGGCCGCCCAUUGGUGCAUCCAGGGCCGGGUCGCCCCCUCAUCCCUCAACUGGCCGGUGUAUGUGGCGAGCAUUCUUGCGGGGUCGCUGGGCUACCUGCUCGUGCAGUACCUCUGCCACGACGCCGGCCAUCAGUCCGUCUUCGUCACCAAAGAGAGAGCCAGAAGGUGAGGCGAGAGAUUGUACAGCGGGACAGCACACCACACCUGAUCCAUGAUUGGUCGUGCAGGUUCUGCAAGUGGUUUGCCGUGAUAUCCGGCGGCGUCGACUGGUCUGAGGGUGCUGUAGUGCAUGAUGUGCACCAUGCGUUCCCACACGUUCUUGGCCGCGACAAGUCGCUCGACACGACGCCGUUGAUCUACUGGCAUCCCGCCCAGCUGGUGGACGCCUCCCUCGACACCCUAUCCCGCGCCCGCGGCUUUGCCGCUGCCACAGCCGGCUGCUUGUGGUUCUGCGUCAUCCUCUGGCUGUACUGCCCGCUGGAGGUGGCCAGAUCGCUGGUCGAGGCCGCUAGACGGAAGGGCGGCGCCCUCUGCUUCGGCACCAUCGUGCUCCGGCUGCUGGCUCCGUUCGGCCUUAUGGUCCAUUUCGGCGCGUCGGUGCACUACGCGCUGUGGCCGAUGAUGGUUCAGGAGGUGGGGUUCGUGCUGCUGGCCCUGUGUGCGUCGCUCAACCACUUUGCCUUCGACGCCAUCACCGUCCAAGAGUUCCAGGCCGUCACCCACCAGACAGCGGCGCCCGAGCAUGCGAUCCAGAUGCAGGGCUUCGUGGCCCACCAGGCGGGCAUCACACAGAACCACAACAUCGUCGCGCUGGAGCAUGGCUUGCAUGGCUUGGGCGGCUUGGGUGCCGGGGCGGAAGGCAAGGCGCCGUCGGGAAUUCUCAUGCUGGCGCUGGUGGGGUCCUACGACGCGGUCUUAUCUUUCUGGACGGGCCACUUCAACUACCACAUCGAGCACCACCUCAUGCCGUACAUGCCCCGGCGCAACUUGCCCAAGGCCGCGGCGAGGUGCCGGGCCCUCUGCGGCGAGCAGCUGUACGCUUCCGCCAGCCACGCAGAGGGCCUCGCGAUGUUCGUCAACAAGCUCAGCAGACCCUUCUAGUUGAGUAGCGAGGGAGAGAGAGGGAGAACUGAUCUAUCCACGUAUUUGCGCGCGUGCGUUUCUCUCUGUACGUGUGUGAGUGUAUGUGUGUACCUUUCUUUGUCUGCAUCGAUGGAUUGAUUGAUGGAUGCAACGGUGAUGUGUGGUGAGUAUGUGAUUCGUGUAUUGCGGCGGGCCUGUUUUUCGGCCACCCAACGGGCUUUUGGG